AAAUCUGAAGUGCAAAGCUUUUACGACAGAGUUAGUCGCUCUCGCUGUAUACACAUUUAAGUCCACUUUGUCACAGUCACAUCUAAGUAUUGCGGUGUUUUGUAUCCUGUGCUGUCUUUCUUCGUCUCGACACAAGAAAUGGAAGGCAUAAGCAACACUUCACAAUCCAUGGGAGUUGGGCAACCUCACCAUCCAGUAAACCACACCAGACCUUUUUUCUAUGUUCAGCCACCAUCUCAGCCAUAUUUCAUGUAUCAGUGGCCCAUGAAUCCGUAUGGACACUAUGGCUUUCCAGGACCAGCUUUGCACUAUGGUCGUCCCUACAUGGCCCCUUAUCAGUUUAUGCAGUAUCCUGGGUAUGUGGUUCCACAUGCACCCAUGCAGCCAAUUGAUUACAGAAGAAUCAACCCCCAUUAUCCCUCCGUUGCAUCCUAUGACUUGCGCGUCCGCCACCACGUUCAACACGCUGGGAUGCAUAGGGAGACUGCCUGUUCUGAGGUCCAAACAGAUCCUAGUGAUUCAGUCAACAAACUGAUAGACAAAAUUGAGAGUCUUAAGGCCUGUGAACAAGGUGGUGACAAGGGGCUUAACACAGUGGUUUCCUCUACCCCUGAUGUAGUGCAGGGAGAGAAGCUGGCCUGUUUAAACGAGGACUCUAAAUUAGAGCUUGCCUCUCAGGAAGACAAGGAAGAGCAGGUCAGUCAGGUCACAAGGCCCACAACCUACAGCGACUCUGCGUAUGACGCAGAGUCUAGCCAGGGUGUACUGGAUGAAUGUGUGUUAUCAGAUGUGUUGCCCCUUGACAGUUCCUCUCUCCAUGAGGAAGAGGAUGCCAAUGAGGAAGAUGACCAGCAUAGUGUUUCUGAUGAAAUAUGCUGCCAAAAUGGGAAGUCUGUGACCAGUGCCACUGGCAAUAUGUUUUGUAGUGGUGUCAAAAGCACUGCAGAUCCAACAGAGAGCCACGAUUUCGAGGAACCAGGUGAUGAGCAGUUGCAGAAUAUAGUGUCAACUGAUGCUGCUGAUGCUGCUGCAAUGGAACCUCUUAUAAAGUUCUCAGAAGACUUUGACCUGCCGUAUCAAAUCCUUCGCCUGCCCUGCAAUAAGAUGACAACUGGCCUCAGUCUUGAACGAGAGGUUGACCCACUUGUUUAUUUUGAUUCUCCAUCUGCUCUGUUGCCUCCACAAAACUAUCUCUCCUCAAUUGGCAGCGCAUAUUCCUACAGCUACUACCCUCAGGUGACCCAAGAGCGCCAGAGUGUCUUGAGUCCAUCCAUAGAUGAGCUCUCCUCCAGAGAUGAAAUGUUCUCCACUGACGUGGAGGAUCUUGAUCUUGUUCCAGGGCACGUGUAUGUGGGUGGUGGCAGGCUGGCUGAAAGUGAUGUGCCCGUUCGUUCCCGAAAAGAGCUCUUGAGUAUGGAAAAAACUUGCUUGGUCUGCCAGAAAACAUGUGCGUGCUGCGGGUCUAGCUUGCAGGAUGAGGUAGGAAUGUAUAAGAUGGCUGAACACAGCCAUCCUGAGAGGAAUGAGGUGUCUGAUCAAGAUUGCGAGUGUGACAUCGAAGGAGAGGUGCGGAGUAACUGCGAGUCUCCGAGAGUUUCCAAGAGGAAGUGUUGCAUUAGGCAUGCGUUACCUUCUUGUGGACAUCACAGUGCCAAACACAGACACCGGAAGCUGCUGUGCGAAGGCCAAGAGAGCUGUGAUCUAUUUGAGCAGGCUCGGGUGCAUCCCAAAGGAGAAUGCUGUGAGGAGUAUGGUGCUCUGUCUAAAGCCGAUAAGAGAAUUCAAAAGGGUUCCUUGUGCAGGCCUUGUAUUGAACGACAGUGGAGAGAGGGUGUUGUGUCUGACCAAGAGAAUUGGGCAAGUUGUGGUGCCAAACCAAGGUCUCGGAGGCAAGUUAGUGGACCUCAAGAUCAAGGGAGAACUCCAUUGAGAAGGCCGACUUGUAAAACAAUCCAUCAGCAAAGGCCAAGAAGUGAAUAUGAUGAGACUGAAUUUACCUACUGCCAGAGGGGCAGAGGUGCUAUGAAGAAAAGAGGCACACGAUACUAAACCAUUAUGCACUGCUGUAAUACUUAAUGUAUUACCUGAAACUUGUGUAAAAUGCACUUCACUAUGAAUGUACACAUGGACACUGUUCUUGACUGUAUGUAACUAAAAAGUAUGACAGUGAUGUACACCUUGCUGCAUUUCCAUUGCUCAAGUUAACUUUCUAUUUUGGAUGCAAUGCAUUCAUCUUAAUAUUAUGUUGAGACUGCUCUCACUGGACCAGGCCUUGACCCAUGCCUACAAGGCCUCUUUCACAUGUGCCUCAGUCUGGGAGGUGUAGAUUGUGUUUGGUUUGUAAGGGCUCUGAAUUUUUGCAUGGUCAAGGACUGGCCCACUGGGACCUUUUCAAAAAAUGUUGACACUGGAGAUGCAGCUGGUUUAAGGGGUGAUGCAAGGGGAAAAAAGAUUAAAUAAAGUGGACAAUUUGGCAGUUUAGCCACUCUUAGUCCAGAUGUGUCUUAUUGUUUUUAUUACUGUGACAUUUUUAUACAUCAGUGUAAUGUUGACAUGCAGAAAACUCCAUUUGUCUGUACAGUGUUAUUGUGUCAUUAAAGUCUUGGCAUUGCACUUGAA